AUGGCAAAGUGUGCUACCGUGCUACCACUGCGACUGAGAAAAUGGCAGUGUGGCAGAGAGGAUGACGACACUGGCGCAGACAGGUGCGCGGCCCCUCCCUACCCUCCCAACCCCGGCCCCCACCGCCCGCCGGCCCCACACGCUGCGGUGCCAGAAGUGUACGGGGCGGGGAGGGUGGUCGCCCGACGGGGGGCGGUGGAGGGCCGGCGUGGCCCCGCCCCUGAGGCCGGGACUCCUCCCGGCCCCGCCCCUUUCUGGGUCGGAACUACGGUGGGCCUGGGAGGGGGCGUCGAGCCCAUUCGUGCCGUAUCCCUCCGCCCCCUUCCCGACACCCUCGCCGCGAGCUGUUGGUGCCGCAGCCUUCGCGGCCCCUGCCCGGUUUGGCGCAGCCGCGCGGGGGGCGGGACGCCUCUUUGCCGUUCUGCCCGCACGGCGAGCGGUGGGAAUCCGAGUGAGGAGCUGCGACAGGAGGGGGAGGCCGACCAUCGGGACCCUGCGCCUGCGAAGGUCUGCUUUAAGGCUGGUUACUUUUGCAAAAAAGGAAAGAAGGAAAAGACUGCCUUAAAUCUCUGGAGAGUUGCACACUGCUGCAGAACCCGUUGCUCAUUUCCUGCAGGAGUAUUAGGACUAUUGGGGAUGGCCUGCUGUUUGCUUAAGGCUUAAUACCACUGGAACAAAGCAAGGAGAGGAAAAUUGCACGACAACAGUGCAGAUUGAUCUCCAGUGGCAUCUCUGGUGGUGGUGGAAUUGCUGCUAACCACCACCCUCAACAGGUGUGCACCCACCCUGGAACCAUCCAUC